AUGGCCUUAUUCCAAAUGAAUCCACUAGGGUCCCCUGGCCCUGAUAGAUUUCCUGCACAAUUCUAUCAGAAAAAUUGGGUUGUGGUAAGGAAAGAUGUUUGCUAUUUUGCUCUCCAAGUCCUGAACCACAAAGGAUCUCUGAAUGAAGUGAAUGAUACUUACAUUACCCUUAUACCAAAGGUCAAAAAUCCAAGGAAGGUGGUAGAAUACAGGCCUAUAAGCCUUUGCAAUGUGCUUUAUAAAGUAGUCUCGAAAACUCUAGCCAACAUGAUGAAACUGAUCCUCCCAAAGCUGGUUUCUGUGAAUCAAAGUGCCUUUGUCCCUGGAAGGCUCAUUUUAGACAACACUUUAUGCCUUAAUUCUGUCUCCUACUCAAUCUUGAUUAAUGGAGAGCCUCAACAGAAGUUUAAGCCUACUGGAGGAAUUUGCCAAGAAGACCCAAUAUCCCUAUACAUUUGUAUCCUCUGUGCUGAAACCUUAUUAGCAUUACUACACAAAGCUGAAGAGAGGGGGGACAUCACUAAUGUACCAAUUGGUAGAGGAUCCACAAGAGUAAGUCACCUAUUCUUUGCAGAUGACAGUUUACUGUUCUGCCAAGCAUCCCCCAUGGAACUCUCAAAUAUCAUGGCCAUUUUGGACACUUAUGAGCAUGCCUCAGGACAAGUACUUAAUAGAGACAAAUCAUCAGUCUUUUUCAGCAAGAAUACUAAGAAAGAGAUGCAGGCCCAUGUUCUACAACAUAUUGGAAUGAAAUCCACUGGGACCUUUGAGAAAUGCCUCGGUCUACCAGCUAUCUUGGGAAGAAUUAGAGUUAUAGCAUUCCACUCCUUUAUAGACAAAACUUGGUCACAUAUUGUAAACUGGAAAACCAACCAGUUUUCCUCAGCAAGCAAAGAAAGUCUACUCAAAGCAGUGCUCCAAGCCAUUCCACUUUACUCAAUGGCAAAAGAGAAGGGAGGCCUCGGUUACAAGGACCUCAAAGCUUUCAACCUGGCAAUGCUUGCCAAGCAAAGUUGGAGAAUGAUACAAGAUCCUUCCUCACUUGUUUCCAGAGUAUUAAAACAGAAGUAUUUCAAUGCAGGGGAACUUUUGGAUGCCAAACUAGGAGCUGGUCCCUCCUUUGCUUGGAGAAGUAUCAUAGCUGGAAUGCAUACCCUCAAAACAGGCCUUAUGUGGAGAAUGGGUGAUGGGUGCAGCAUCAACAUCUGGACUGCAAAGUGGAUUCCAUCCCUUCCUCACUUCCAAGUGAGUACUCCCAGAGAACCUGAUUACUGGUGUGAAAAAGUGUGUGAUCUGUUAGAACCAGGACAGAGGAGAUGGAAUGAAGAACUCCUAAUGGAGAUGUUUUCAGAAGAGGAAAUCAAGGCUAUAACCUCCAUACCAAUCAGUGCUAGAGGCAGGGAAGAUAGACUUACUUGGCAUCUUACUAACAAUGGCCUAUAUUCUGUAAAAAGUGGAUACCACCACCAAAAACAACUAGAGGUAGAAGAAUUGGGGGAGAAUUCACACAAACAGAUGGAAAUAAGAGUGUGGAAAAGGCUAUGGAAAAUGAAAGUGGCCCCUCCGUCAAGCAUUUCACAUGAAGAGCAUGCAAAGAAGCACUACCCACCCUAG